AUGCCUCGCUCGUUCCUGGUCAAGAGAAAGCAGUCGGCCUGCGCUGGAUGGCAGUGGAAAGAGCCGGAGCCCUGCUCCAGUCCAAACACAGUGUUUCCUCUGCAGCGCAUGCUGACGCGUCACCUCAAGUGCCACAGUAUGAUCAAGAGACACCCCUGCAGGUUCUGCGGGAAAGGCUUCAACGACACCUUCGACCUGAAGAGACACAUGAGAACACACACCGGCAUCCGUCCGUACCGGUGUGAUCUGUGUGAGAAAGCCUUCACGCAGCGCUGCUCUCUGGAGUCUCACCUGCGGAAGAUCCACGGCGUGCGGCAGCAGUACGCAUACCGCCAGCGGCGCUCCAAGAUCUUCGUGUGCGAGGACUGUGGCUUCACCUCCAACCGGCCGGACGAAUACUUCCUCCACAUCAGACAGCAGCACCCGAGCAGCCCGGCGCUGCGCCGUUAUUACCGCAAACACAUGCUGGAGAGCCCCGCGCAGCACAGCAUCGCCCCCUUCAUGCUGUACCCCGCCGCAGGACUCUACAUGUGAAGCACCUUUAGUGUGUGUGCAUACCAGCUCUGUUACACUGUAACAAAAAUUACAUAGUUUACGGUA